ACACCAAACAACCAAAAACAAAGACAUCUCUAGUCUCCAUCUUCUUCUCUUUGUCAGUAAAAUCAUGAUUCUGGGUCUAAAGGUAGAAUCUUUGAAACUUGCUAGAGACCUUGGACUGCGUCCUACUAUGGCUUCAGCACCAUCAUUUCGACCACUAUAUAACCCCAACUCACUAAACAGACUCUUCAUUCUUCAACUCUCACUUCAUUCCUCUCUUUGUCACCCUGUACGUUACUGCCAUUUCUUCCCUGAAAGUUCUCAUCUUUGUCAACUCUUCUCAUCAGUGAGUGGUUCCUCUUCCUCUUCUUCUUCACCUUAAAAUACCAUGCAGCUUUCAUUGUGCCAUUUCCUGUUCUUGUUCUUGUGCUUCUCUGUUUCCAUAACCACUAUAACUAGUUUGAACUCUGAUGGACUUGCUUUACUGUCCCUCUUAAACCGCUGGACUUUUGUUCCCACACCCAUUUCUUCAAGCUGGAAUCUUUCUGAUUCCACACCAUGUAAAUGGGUAGGAAUAGAAUGUGACACUGCCCAAAAUGUGUUUGCCUUGAAUGUCUCUAGUUAUGGAAUUUCUGGUCUGUUAGGACCUGAAAUUGGGAACUUGAGUCUCUUACAGAUUCUUGUUUUGAGUGUCAAUAGUUUUUCGGGUCAAAUUCCAAUGGAGUUGGCCAAUUGUAGUCUUCUUGAGACCUUGGACUUGUCUGGAAAUGGUUUCACUGGGAAGUUACCUGAUAACUUGCACAAGUUGAAGAAUCUACAGUACUUAGGCUUGUAUGAUAAUUUUCUGGAUGGGCAGAUUCCUGAGUCCUUGUUUACAAUUCCAAAAUUGGCCUUUGUUUAUCUAUACAAUAACAGUUUGAAUGGUUCAAUUCCUGGAAGUAUAGGUUCAUUGAGUCAUUUGAGUGAGCUUGUGCAUUUGUAUUUGGACUAUAAUGAAUUGUCCGGAGGGAUUCCUUCAUCCAUUGGGAAUUGUAGUAAAUUGGAGGAAUUGACUUUGAGUUACAACCAGUUGAGUGGAGUAUUGCCCGAGAGUCUGAACAACCUUAAGAACCUGUCGUAUGUACUAGUCAGUAAGAACAGUCUUGAGGGUACCAUUUCUUUUGGUUCAGAAAAUUGCAAGAAAUUGUUUUUCUUGGAUCUGUCAUACAAUAAGUUUAGGGGAAGUCUUCCAUCAGCCCUUGGCAAUUGUACUGGUUUAAUGUCUUUUAUGGCCAUAAGUAACAACUUGGUUGGUUCAAUACCUUCUUCUUUUGGCCUACUAGAUAAGCUAGAACUCUUGUACCUUCCUGUGAAUCAGCUGUCUGGAAGAAUACCUCCAGAACUCGGUCAGUGCAAGUCGUUGACCGGACUACAAUUGAAUAUGAACCAACUAGUUGGAGAAAUUCCUGAUGAGUUGGGAAUGUUGGACAACCUGCAAGACCUUCGAUUAUCCCAAAACAACUUAACUGGUGAAGUUCCAGUUAGCAUAUGGAAGAUUCAAACUCUUCAAUAUGUCCAUCUCUACAUGAAUAACCUCACUGGGGAACUGCCUUUAGAGAUGACUGAACUCAAGCAACUGAAAAACAUCUCAUUGUUUAACAACCAGUUUUAUGGAGUUAUACCUCAAGCUUUGGGGAUUAACAGCAGUCUAGAGCUGGUAGAUUUUAUGUAUAAUAUGUUCACCGGUAGCAUCCCUCCAAAUCUUUGCUUUGGAAAGCAGCUAAUGGUAUUGGUUAUGGGGUUCAAUCAACUUCAAGGUACCAUACCUUCUGAUGUCGGAGGUUGUUCAACUCUUUCGAGGUUGAGACUCGAACAGAAUAACCUGACCGGAGUUCUCCCACAAUUUGUGAAAAAUUCUGAGCUUUCAUAUAUGGACAUCAGCAGCAAUGAGAUUACUGGAGAAAUUCCAUCAAGCUUGGGAAACUGUAGCAACCUCACCACUAUCAUCUUGUCCAUGAACAAGUUGACAGGAGUCAUACCAGAGGAGCUUGGUUACCUUGCAGAUCUUCAAACUUUGGAUCUUUCCGACAACAAUUUGGUGGGUGCUUUGCCUUCUAGCCUAUCCAAUUGUACCAAAAUGGAGCAUUUCAAUGUGGCAUCCAACUUCUUGAAUGGCUCCAUUCCUUCCAGUUUGAGUAGUUGGACAGGUUUAUCUGAAUUGGUAUUAAGUGAUAACAAGUUUACUGGCGGCAUUCCACCAUUCUUGUCAGAAUUUGAAAUGCUUUCAGAGCUAAAUCUUGGUGGAAAUUUGUUGGGAGGUGUGAUUCCAUCAUCAGUUGGAGCACUGCAGAAUUUGUUUUAUGCCCUGAACCUUAGCAAUAAUGCAUUGACAGGUUUGGUUCCUUCAGAGCUUGGAAAGUUGAUAAUGCUACAGAGGCUAGAUUUAUCUCAAAACAAAUUGACAGGGACUUUGAGUGCUCUUGAUGGCAUGAAAUCAUUAAUUGAGGUUAAUGUUUCAUACAAUAACUUCACAGGUGCAGUACCACAAAGACUGAUGAACCUGUUGAACUCAUCCAGAUUUUCCUUUUCCAGCAAUCCCUCUCUAUGUGUCAGUUAUCUUCCAUCAUGUGGCUUAACUUGUGCUGGAAACUACACUAUUAGGCUCUGCAAAAGUCAAUCAAGCAAGCAGAAAGGACUUAGCAAAAUGGGAAUUGCAUUUAUAGCCCUCGGAUCAUCGAUACUUGCUGUUUCUCUGCUGUAUCUACUGGUGUAUUUGUUUUGCUUGAGAAGAAGGACUAAGCAGGAAGUUGGGGUCUCAGCCCGAGAGGGACCAUCUUCCUUACUCACCAAAGUCAUGGAGGCUACAGAGGAUCUAAAUGAUAGAUAUAUCAUUGGGAGAGGAAGUCAUGGAACUGUUUAUAGGGCUUCUUUGGAUGAAGACAAGGAUUUUGCUGUCAAGAAGCUUGUAUUUGCCGGGCAUGCCGGAAGGCGUUUGAGCAUGAUUAGAGAACUUCAAACCCUUGGGAAGAUCAAGCACCGGAAUCUGGUCAAAUUAGAAGACUUCUGGUUAAGAAAGGACUAUGGCUUAAUCUUGUAUAGGUACAUGCAAAAUGGAAGCCUUCAUGAUGUCUUACACGAAAUUAGUCCCCGGUUAAUUCUGGAGUGGAGUAUGCGCUACAAUAUAGCACUGGGAACUGCAUAUGGCUUGGAAUAUCUCCAUUAUGAUUGUGAUCCUCCUAUAGUGCAUCGAGAUAUCAAGCCAAUGAACAUUCUGUUAGACUCAGAGAUGGAAGCUCACAUUGCUGAUUUUGGUAUUGCUAAACUCUUAGAUCAGUCAACUCCUUCAAUGGUGUCUAUCUCAGUUGUUGGUACAACCGGAUAUAUCGCACCAGAGAAUGCAUUCAGAACAGCAAACAGUGUGGAGUCUGAUGUGUACAGUUAUGGGGUUGUUUUACUUGAGCUGAUAACUAGAAAGAAGGCAUUGGAUCCAUCUUUUAUGGAGCAAUCUGAUAUUGUAGGAUGGGUUAGAUCAGUGUGGAGGGAUACAGAAAGAAUUGAUAGGAUUGUCGAUUCAAGCCUUGUGGAGGAACUUCUGGACUCAAAUAUCAGGAACCAGAUUGUUGAUGUGCUUCUGUUGGCUCUCAGCUGUACUCAUGAUGAUCCUAAAAAGCGACCCACGAUGAGAGAUGUUAUCAAGAUAUUAUUAGAGAUAAAUUCCCCAAUGAGGAGCACAUUGUUCUAG